GCCCCCUGCCGCUGCUGGGCGAAACCAAGUGUGAGGGGAGGACAGAGAGACGCGCGCGCAGGAGGCGCCCGCUCCGCCCACAGCCACGCUCUACACGGCCCGCGGCCACCCCUCUCGUAGCUUCGCAAUAUGGCCUGGUCGGGGCGGGGGCGGGGGGAUUCGACUUGAAGACCCGGCCUUUGAGUUGAAGGCGGGAAAAUGGCGGAUACCUCGGGGCGUGGUGCUGGGAAGCCUUCUGCAGGGGGUCCCAGUACUCCUAGCGGUGCUAAGACGAGAGGAAGAAGAAUACAAGGUGGAAGAGUGGUCGAGUCCCGGUACUUGCAGUAUGAGAAGAAAACCACCAAAAAGGUAACAUACAAUGCUCCUGCAGCAGAUGCAUUAAAGGCCAGUGGGAAGAUGCCUGAAGGUGGAAGAAAACCCAACCCACUCCAGAAGAGCAAAGACAGCAGUGGAAUUGGCAAAGGCGACCUGCAGUCUACCUUGCUGGAAGGGCACGGCACUGCCCCACCUGACCUGGAUCUCUCGGCCAUUAAUGACAAAAGUGUGGUCCGAAAGACUCCACAAUUAGAAAAAACGAUGUCAAAGAAAGCUGAGUCAUCAUCAUUUUCUGCCUCGAGGAAAAAGAGCCCAGAUCUCUCCGAAGCGAUGGAAAUGAUGGAAUCCCAAACACUACUCCUGACUCUGCUGACCCUGAAGAUGGAAAGCGGUCUUGCUGCAUUCGAAGAAAAGGCAGAAAAGAAUUUAUUAAUUAUGUGCAAAGAGAAGGAGAAGCUCCAGGAAAAAGCCCAUGAGCUGAAGCGCCAAUUUCUCCUCUGUCAGAGGAAGCGGGAGCUGGCAGAUGUCCUGGACGCGCAGAUCGAGAUGCUGAGCCCCUGUGAGGCCAUAGCUGGCUGCUUUAAGGAACGAUACAAGACGUUUGCGACAGCCCUGGACACCACGAGGCAUGAACUGCCUGUGAGAUCGGUCCACCUGGAUGGAGACGGGCAGUGCUUCUUAGACAAGUUGCAGGGGGAAUUGACGACCACAUGCCAUCUGCUGGGAGAACUUGGCAUCAGCAGCUCAGAAGAAAACGCGACGGCCUUGGACCUGCUGAGGGAACUCAAGGAAAUGACCCAAGAGAAGGAUCUGGAGCUCCAAAGGAGCUUUACCCACGUUAUGGAACUCUCCGCCGAGGCGAGUAAAGAGGCAGCCUUAAUCAACCAGGAGGCCUGGGAAAAGGCCCAGGGCCCCAAGGCCCCCAGCCAGUGGUAUUUCAAUCCUGAAGAGGCCAUUGGUGGGGAAACUCAGGGAGAGCUAAGGAGCCUGCUCCUUUCGGGCCACGACGAGCCGUGAAUCCACACGCAGGCUGUGUCCCCGACCGGAGUGGGGACCUUCCUGCACACCAUGGGGAAGGAAGCACGUCCUGUGCCCCUUGUUUGGGGUGGGGAGAGGGGGUGGACCUGCAGUGACCCACAUAUGAUGUUCUGGAAACUUGAGCACUUUAUACACUUAGCCUAGCCGUAUAGUUAUUGUUUCGUAUGAUAAUCUCGUUUGAUAAUUUAACAAAUAAAAGUGUUCUGCAGUUGA